ACUUAAUUUACAGCCGUGCUUAUUAAUAUAUUCAACUAAGCCUUUGUUGAGCAGGUCAUCGUUCCACGGCCUCCGCCGGCCUUAUUAGACUCCCCCUCCCUCCCUCUUUGCUCGAGUUACCAACCCUGGAUGGCAAUUGCGUCAAUUCUUCCCCUCCAAACUUGGUUGUGAUGCACAAAGAAGACAUCACAUGGUGACCUCCGCCCAAUCAACUUUUCCAUAGAUAGAUACAUAGAGAGAGAGAGAGAGAGAGAGAGAGAGAGAGAGAGAGAGAGAGGGAGGGAUACAGAGAGAUGAGACCAUGGAUCAAAAUUCUAGCCCCAGCGCUCGCCGCUGCCACAAUCCUCCUCCUCGUCGCCAUUCUCGUCUUCUGGUGCCGCCGGCGCCGGCGCCGGCGCCUCGUCUCCAAGACCACCCCUCAAUUCUUAGAAACAGGGACCAAGUCCAAAAAUGAAAGCCUCCAGGCGGCGCUCGCCAAGCUCCAUCUCUCCUACAAGUCUCGCAGCAGUAGCAAAUCCGGCCUCCGCUUCCAGCAUCUCCACCACCACCAUAACGACCAUCAUCCAGUUGUUGCUGGACAGCAGCCUCCAUUCAAGUGGGACGACCACCCGCGGCUUAUCACGGAGGCGGUGGAGAACGGAUGGUCGCGAUUCGCUUUCACAAGCCGACCUUCCCUGCCCUCCGCCCGGCCAACCCCCAGCCCCCUGUGGGGCCUCUGCGCCAUCUGCGAUGGUGGGACGCCGGUGGAGACCGACUGGGAGGUGCCCCUUGGAUCGUCGGAGUUCAUGCAGACGGUGCGGCUCAAUCCGAGCGGCGACGACGACCCCGCCGUUUGGCGCAGCGUCAGGAUGGCCCUUCCCUUGCCGGGCCCGCCCUUGGGAGGUUCCUCCUUCCCUCAAGAAGCCUACUUCGAGAUCACCCUCCUGUACCUCCAACCGCAUCAGCAACAGCAGGGGCAGCAGGAAAGCGACCGGGUGAAGCUGAUCGAAGAGAAUUCCAUCGAAGGGCAGUCGGAUGCCCUGAUCCAUGCAAUGGGGAAGGCUGCUCGUGGCAAUAGUCGGAUCCAAGAGCCUGGAGCCGUCAUCAAAGAGGAAUUACGAGGCAGAGACGACAGCGGCCCACUCGUCUCCUUGGGCCUCACUAUAGGACGUCCUCCUCCAACUAGAUCAUCGCCUGGGACCUAUUCGGGAUCCAUCGGCUUCCACUCCAACGGUUCCGUCUGCCUCGACGGGAUGGAGCUGGUGUUGGAGUCGGAGAAAACGGGGUGGACGGAGGUGAACAGGGUGAUCGGCUGCGGGUUCGACCCGGGUAAGAAGAAGGUUUUCUUCACGGCGGACUCCCAGCUGAUUCACGUGAUCUACUGCCACUCCGAGGCGUAUAGAAGCCCGCUCUACCCGGUCCUGGCGGCGAGCGUCGACGUGAUGGUUCUGGUCAACCUGGGGCAGAGCAAGUUCAAGUACGCCCCGGCCAACGCGCAUCGGACGCCCAAUCCCUGCUUCAUCCGCUCGGCUUCCGCCGACGGUGGAGCCGCGGUCGUCAGCUACGAGGAUAGCCGAGAGCUCUUCUCCAUGGGAAGGAUAGACUCCGACUGGCUUGACGCUGCCAAGCAGAGCAAAAGCGGCAAGAAUGGCGACGAUGGUGGCAGCGUUGCAACGGAUGUCGACGCGGAGUCCGAUCUGUUCGAGAUUGCCUUGCACAGUUGAAAGUCAAGGCAGACAGCCUGGUGGAUUGGAGCGUUUGCAGACCAAACACGAAACUUGGAAAGUGGAAUUCAAAGAGAUCCAACAGGAAUUUAAUGAUACUCCAGGAAAUAUAUAAUCGUCCAAUAUUUAUCAAAUUUAAAAACAAAAAGAAAGAAGGUUAGAAGGAGUGGCUUGAUCCUCUUAUUUCACGAACCGAGAGACAUCCAUGGCAGCCUUCGAAAUUCACGGUUGGCUUUGAUCUCCAUCCAUGGUGCCAUUUGGAAUGGACAGAGAGAUUGAUCUAGUUUGUGUAAUGAAGACAUGGAAGAAAGAUCAAAGUGCCGGCGGCGUGAUGACAGCGGGAUGGGAGUAACGAUGGGGACACUCGCUUUGACAGACAAGGUCGUUCCAGUAAAGACAGAAAUAGCAUCGGACAAUGAAUGACACGACGAUUGCUGUCGUCGAUCAAAUGCUUCUGGUAUGCUGUCCUGUGCUCGGUUGAAAGGAAUUAUGAAGGGGUUUACGUCGGAAUCGCUGCAUGUCCAUGGGAUUCCAGUGGAGCAUCCAUACUUGAUGACUGACUGGCCUCGUCAUCAUCGUUGCUGUCUUUUAUUCAAUAUAGCGUGCAACUGUUUAUCUUGUAUAUUAUGUAUAUUACAAAGCAAUUCACAGAUUUAAUUUUAUCCUA